CCCGGCCGUUAAGUUGAAUUUGUACUGUCUGGUCACAACCACAGAUGUUCUGUCCAUGAAGCCUGCGUAUCAGCUGGAACUCGGACAGGAUGGCUCCCAUCAAGGACCUGGAAGGUGUCUGGGGCAAGCCAACGUCAACCCUGGACUGGUGUGAAGCCAACUAUGUUGUGACCCCGUACAUUGCAGAAUUCUGGAACACUGUGAGCAGCCUGGCGCUUAUCUUUAUUCCUAUCCUGGAUUUGGUUUACACGAAGUUGACCGCACCAAAACGGAUCCAUAUUGAGCGGCGCAACUACAUGGCAUGUCUGGCCUUUGUCUCGGUCGGUCUUGGGUCCUGGUUCUUUCAUAUGUCACUGCUGUAUGAAACACAGCUUUUGGAUGAGAUUCCAAUGAUUUGGGGUACUUGUGUCCUUGUGUAUUUAUUCUUUGAGAAUAAUUCCAAGCCCAACAGCCGCAACUAUGUCCUAGUGGUGUUCCUCGUUCUGUAUGCCACGCUGAUCACCGGUAUCUACGUCCUAGUCAUCAACCCAGUUUUCCAUCAGGUGGCUUUCACACUGUUGGUAUUAGCAGCCCUGGUGAGAGGCGGAUACUGUUUCUUCUAUCUAAAGAUGGAAUGUUCCCCAGCACUGUUCUUGUUAUCAGUGCUUCUGUUUGUCUCGGGGGGUGUCCUGUGGUUGCUUGAUAAUGGCCUUUGCAUGCACCUCAGGCAUGCUCGUUCAUUGGUUCCCACCCCGCUGGAUGUUGGGUUACAACUCCAUGCCUGGUGGCAUGUCCUUGCCGGGCUGGGUGCCCACUGCCAGUUCAUGUUCAGUUAUCAUUCACGUCUGCGUUACUUGAAACACCGUACUACUGAAUGGGUCGGCUGGUUUCCGCUUGUCACCAUCAUUGGGAAGGAAAAUGGACACAUCAAAUAAAAACCAGUGCUGACAGCAUUCACCCCCACCAUGAAAGUGGUCACAGUCCAGUGGAAAUGAACAGCCAAUGAAAGAGCUUUCUGUGGUAUGAUCUGCUGUCUGAGAGGGGUGAGCAUUCGCUUGUAUCUGGCAUAAUGACAAUUAAUAUUUUGAAUGCCAUUAUUUAAAAAGACUAUUGUUUGCACAAGUGUUUCACUGUUGUAUUUAAUCCUGAUGAUUUCUCUGCACUUUAAGCGUCUUUCCCUCAAAGUGAAAAGUGUGUCUUUAAUUAAAACAGUGUGGCAGAAUUGAUGUGCCACAUGUAAUUUCAAGUAAAUAUUGAUACCUAAGACAGUUUAGCCAUUCCUAUCCACCUUGAGUUGAAGUGCACCCUCACCAGUGAAAGAAAGACUAGCUGAUGAGAAGUUUUCCCACCGAGUUCCUGCAUGCGUGGCGUUCGGCGCACACGCAAAGACUAUACAUUCCAGUAUAAAUUUGUUGUGCAUAUUCAGGCGUGCCCCGCACCAAACGCGCGUAAACUUGCAUGCCUCCGCGAUGACUUCGUACAGAGGACAGUCAUUUUCAUUUAAAAGUGCAUCGUCUUUUGUUACCGCUUGGAGCAGUUUGGUCCAGAGCCCAUCACUUGACUGGUCUCAAACAGUUUAUAAAGCACUGGCUGGGUGUUUCACUGUGCACCAUAUGUGCGUACCCAUCUCCAUACAAGGAGAUUAUUUACGACUGCUCACGAGAGGAACAUACUAUAACAUGGAUAGGGUGGUGAUCAAAAAAGAAGGAGUAAAAUUGUCAAACAAACUUAUUGCAAAAUCAGUCAUUAGUCACAUCACAUUUAUUUCAUUAGUAUUAGUUGUGAUCAUGCUGAUUUGUGUGACAACUAUUCAAUUUUUUCAUUUUAAACAGAUCUUGCAGAAUGUUAAUCAAUAAGGGUAGUCAGCAUUUUCCCAAAGUUUGGAUUUGUUAAGAAACUAAAGCUAAAUAGUAUUAACAGAUGAGCUGUUCCAUCUUUAUAGAAAAAGUACUCACUUUUCCAGGUUCAUUCAUGCAUUAUGUUGUCAGAAUGAGGAUGAGAUUGCUUGGAACCUGAGGAAGAAAUUUUGGCAAAUUUGGAUUCAGUCGUGUGCCAUUGCAAAGUGACAUACGGUAUUCUUUAAUAAAUGUGCAAGAACCCAGUAGGAUAUGACAAAGUUUGUUCCUGAGCAGGGUACUUUCCAGCAAUCAGUUUCUUUCCCCCCAAAAGGGGGCAAAGCUUUGCUGUAGGGCGCCAAAGUUUACGGCAAUUUUAUACUUAUGGGGACUCAGUCUUACUCUACCAGUACUACCAUGUUCCCAGUACAUGUGCAUGCAUAAAUAGGGCACGCGAAAUCCAGAUACAAAAAUUUCAAAGUAAUGGUGAUGGAACCAGGCCUGGAAAGUUGUGAUUAUUUUUAGAACCCAAUAUUCGUUCCAUUUCAUUUAUUGUUUUAAUGAAUCAGAUGGCUGGCCCAUCUUUAUCUAAGUUUUAUUUGUCUCACAUUUUUCUUAAAGGUUUUGUGUGGAAUGUUUGAUACACGUUUUUAUGUUAAAGAAACGUUUGACCUUUUUUCCUGCUUAAAGAAGGCUCUUAUUUUCACUGAGUAUAUAUAUCCAGGUAUUACUUUAGUAUCAUUAUUCAGUAUUAUUCAGCAUUACUGACGCCAUAUUUUUACACUGUCACAUCAGUAGGUAAGUCAAGUGGAAUGUUUAAUACAUGUACACGUUUUUGUGUACAACGUUUGACCUUUUUACCUGCUUAAAAAGGUUAGUUUUUCACUGAGUAUGUAUAUCCAGGUAUUACUUUAAAUUAUUCAGCAUUAUUGACACCAUAUUUUUACUCUGUCACAUCAGUGGGUAAUUAUUCAAGUAACUGAAUAAUAUAAAAAGACAGAAAUCCUUAAAACCAUGAAAAUCAGCUGUCGGAUUGGACCACAUUUGGGUUUGUUUGGGCUGAUGAUGCCACAGCUUCUGGGAUACUUGGCAUGCUUGGCUGAAGAGGCCCCAUCCCCUCCCCGGAAGUGGAAACCUUCGCCAAACAUUCUUAUCUUGAAACCUUAUAAGCUACCCGUUUUGUUAUAAUUUUAAAUUUUAGAUUAAGCAAGGUCAUGACUUAAUUUGCAGGCAAACACAUUCCGAUCAAUGCAAUGAACUUGUUCAACCCACCCUUGAAAUUUUUGUCAGUUCAUCAAUGCAGAAUUCGCAUGCACAUUCAAUGCAAAUACAUGUGUACAUUAUGUAUAUAUUGUGAUGCCAAAAGGCAGAUGUCUAAAUUCAAUGUUUAUGUUUACUUUCCUGUGUAACAGAUGCUUUCAAUAUGUUCAAGGUACUGUAGUUUGUACAUAAAUGUAUUCUUUAGGCUGGAUGCAAUAAGGGUAAAUGUGUGUAUCUUUAUCUAAAAUUGUGAUUGAAGAAAUUUUUCACCUUUUUUCUCACUGGAAUGAGAAUUCAUCAUCUCUCAGGGGUUCAUGAAAUGAAUUUUGCUGUAAUUUGUUUUUUUACGUGUUCUCCUUCCUGAACUUGUUAAAGCAAGGAAACACUCUUUCUCGGCGUAGAUUUGAAGUACGCCUUUUUCACUGCUUGCAGUACCCUAGCCAUUUUUGCUGACAACUGAGGGCAUGGUUGUGGUGAUGCCAUCAUAUAGGCACACAUUGGAGCCACAGCGACAGUCACACACAUGACGCAUGCUGUACGUAUUUUUGAAUUGAAACAUGCAUGCGUUUUAGGAACAUUUCCCACUUGAAUACAGCCUGUGUGUGAAUGUGUUAAUGUUUAGCCUUAACUAUGGCAACGGUCAUAAUUGUAUGCGGGCAUGUUCUAUCUAGUGCCAACAUGAGUGCAUGUCUUCACAUUGCAAUGAUGAUGGUCCUUGGAGGGGAACUCAGAGCUUGCAUGCAUGUUUGUGCUUAGUUUUUGCACUGAGUGCAUGCAACUACCGGAAAGUUCUGUUCAAAUGUAUCGUCUUUGAGUGUGUGCUGCAACCUUGUCUCUAGCAGUCACUUUAUCCAGCUUUGCUUCCAGUAGUAACCCCUGGAAAGCAAAACUCUCUUCCUGUAUUCUGAUCCGAUGCAUCAACAGCGAGGAAAGGCUUUAUCUCAUGUAUUUGGUGUUUAUAAUUUCACUGUGUUAUGUGUUUCACAUUUGUUGUGACUUACUAUAUCCACUUUCACUGGUAAACAUUCCGCUCUCUCCAUUUUGAUCAUAAUUAUGAAAAACUGUGAUGCUGCAUAUUGCUUGAAUGGGAAUUUAACUUUUUAUCUUUGAAAAAGGCCACAAAGAAUUGACUCUUUUGAAUACCAGACACAAAUGAUGAUUGAAAGCAUGGUCAAGCACCAGACUAUUAAUUAUUAAUACAUGCAUCCAAAAUUUGUUUAUAUAUGCAAAUGAUCCAGUGCAAUGGUGAGAGCAGGACUGGUAGCCACCGAGUGCACUGCUCAACUUCUUGUAUCACAUGUAGUCUACUUUUAAUAGAACAUAUGAACCCAAACUGCAUGCUGCAUCUGAAAGUAUAUUCUGGCUUUUAUGUAGAGAAGCCAUGAAGACAACGGAACAGACAACUGGGAAAAAACCAAAAAAACAAAAUAAAUGAAAAGAUUCCCUCAGUAUUUGAUGUUGAAGUUUUCAAUGCGCCGAAUUGAAGGUUCUCUCCUGCAUGACUGUUUUUUCAAGACUGUUGGAAACCAAAUUAAUGGUAUAUAGGACUGAUGUACAUGCAUUUCUACAAUUCUAGUAAAUUUCUUUUAAAAGGAUUUUUUUUCUAUUUGGCUAAUACGAAGUUUUGUGUAAAUUUGCAUAUUUUGUAUAAUUAUGUAAUAUGCCUUUGUAGGGAGUCAGGUUGGCAUAGCUUUCUAUCCUUGCUUUUCACCUUUGCAAUCCACUGUUUGAAUCCCACCAGAAUUUUAGACACAGUAUUCAUAAAAUAAUAAUGAAAUGGUACAGUGAACAAAGAUAUCUUUUUUUCCCUGAAAUUAUAGAAAAAGCCCAAGGCAAUUUAUUUAUGGGCUAUUUUAUAUUUCAAUGUGUCAGUUGACUGUUAUUCAUAACAAGUAGAAGACUUCCAACGGAAAUAAGUACAGCUCGACAAAUGUCAGUUUUGCAAUGUAUUGGGAGUAGAGAUAUCCUUUUCUGAGUUAUAUAUGUUUCUGAGUUAUAUAUGUUUAUUUGAUGUGAUACCAUAUCUACCGCAUAUAGAAUUGAUAUACUACACGUAUGUUCAAGAUACUUCGUGUUGGUGAAUGCACACUGAUGCCCUAACCGGUGAAUGAAAUUAUGCAUUUGCCUCCAGCAGUAAUUGUACUUUUUUAAUGAAUUUUUAUAAGGCAGCUGUGUUGUAUUUGUGGCAGUUUCAUGUCUUGCAAUAAACUGGAUUAAUGAUGUUAAAUU